UGAAGAGAAGAGAAUUUGAAGGGCAUGAUGGUAUUUUCCAUAUUUGGACUAUACAAGAUAGAAAACGAGUUAUUUCCUAAUAUGGUUGAUUAGCUGGCCAGACUCCAAAUCCAAAGUCCAAACUGAUUCUGCACCUCAUACACAUUUCCAAUUUGGCAAUGAUAUCCAACUUUGAAGAAGAAGAAAAAGAAGCAAUGGCUUUGUCCUUCCUCUGGCCCUCCCCUGAUCGUGACCUUCCUUUAGCUUUUAGCUUUUUUUGUUUCCUUUUUCUUUACCAAGAUAUCUUCACUGCUAUGUAUCUUGAUUCCUCCAUACUCCAUUUCCUGUUCUUGAGAGAAGAGAUCAUAUAGAGCCAUAGCCAGGGCGCCUGAAAGUGAGGAGUAGCCGGCGACCAAGAAUUUCAGAGGUUUUGAAGAAUCGCUUAUGCACAACGGACACUAGUGUAAGAAAACGUCAUGCUGCGUAGCAGAGUAGGGGCGGGAAGGAAGCAGCAACAGGUUGAAGUUGGACCGCCAUGGGGAGAUUUCUGUGCGGAUAUCUUGAGCUCCAUAUACGAAAAGCUCCCUCCGAACCCAGGAGCUGGCCGCUUACAAUUCAGAUCAGUAUGUAAGAACUGGCGUCUGGCGUCAAAUACCUCAUCGCCACGCCGAGAAAUCCCCUGCUUCUCGGGCUCCCCUGAAGCCAGCAAUGUCGGCGGAAAUCCCCAGCAAGAUCCGCGAAGAAUUGAGCUGCGCAUGUAUUCGAUACAGCUGGCCUGGGAGCGGGUGGUUGCUUCUGUCAAUUAGUGGCGUCGGAAUCAUGGGGCUUUUCAAUCCUUUUUUGCAUUGGCCUACUAGCUUCGUUCGGCUUCCUGCUCUGCCUCACUCUGUUUCACAGCCACCGUCAAAAGCUGCCUUCUCUGCCCCACCGACCGAUCCUGACUGGACCAUCUUCCUCGUGCGGGACAGCUGCAGCUUCAGCACGUGCCGGCACGGCGAGCUGCGGUGGAGCGAUUACACCUGCGGAGGGAAAGGGGACCGCCGAUUUUGCGAAGGGAUCGGGUACAGGGAAGGGAGCUUCUUUUGCUUGUUCGAUACGGGAGAUGUUUUGAUCUUUGGAGUUGGUGCCGGACGGCGGAUGGGAGCGAUGCUGGUGGCUGUAGCUGCUCCUCCGGCGAUGGUGAUGCUGGCGAGGCAGAAUCGUUUGCGUGUUGUGGCAGUGGCGGCGGGAUCGGAUGGGGAGUUUCUGGUGAUGAGUUGGGGCAGAGGAGGCGGCGGCAGCGGGAUCCGGUUGCUGCGCGUGGAGAGGAAAACAGGGGAACAGUUGCAGGAUGGGCGCGGGUGGGGAUCAGACAUUUUAGUGAAGGAGUGGGCGAGCGUGACUGUUGAGGAAACGAGCUUGCCUCCAAUGGUUGCCGAUGUUCUUGAUCUUUGCCCAAGGUUUUUAGCUUUCUACAUUGUUUUGUUCUUCCUUUCCCUUCACCUUUUCUUCAUGUGGGGGUGUGAAUAUUGACGCGAACAAAAUUUGCACUCACCAAAUUUCCAAGGAUUGAACUCGUCAAAAUUUGCACUAUUUCCUUAGGCAUGUCACAUGUGCCUCUCAAGUUUG